UGAUGUUGGGACCGUUCUGGUUUACAGUGUUUCCGUUGCCCUCUGGACGUAAGUGGGCAUUGAGUAGACAACAUAUGCACUCACUCUGCUCAUCCCCCCCACAUCUGUGAGAAAGGGCGUUUUAUAAUUAUGAACACAAAAGCAAACAUUUAAGAAUUCACUGGAAUUACAGCUCCACCUCCUGAGGCCCCGCCCUCCAAGGGGCCCUGCCAGCCACCCACAGGUUUCCAGGGCAACCGCCCAACAGAUACUUGGAGCCUCUGGAAGUAGCAGCUGUUGGUCCCAGGUCCACAAGGGCCAGUGUUUUCUAUUAUGGAUUCGGCAGAGAAGAAAGAAGAAUAUCCUUUUGCAGAUAUCUUUAAUGAAGAUGAAAUGGAAAGAAACUUUUUGUUGUCCAAACCUACUUGCUUUAUUGUAUUUGGGAAACCAGGGACUGGGAAGACAACAUUAGCCCGUAAUAUAGCACAGGCAUGGAAAUGUAUUCGUGUUGAAGCUUUAUCGGUUUUGGAAGAACACAUUGCCUCUGAGACUGAAACGGGAACUAUGCUGCAGUCAAUGCUGGUGAGCGGUCACAGCAUCCCAGAUGAGCUCAUCACGAAGCUGAUCCUGGAGAAGCUCAAGUCUCCAGAAGUCUCUCACUUUGGUUACAUCAUCACUGAAAUACCAUCACUCUCACAGGAUACCAUGAACACCUUGAAGCAAGUAGAAUUUAUUAAAAAUUUAGAAUUGCAACCAGAUGUCAUAAUCAAUAUUAAGCGUGGUGACUAUGACUUGUGCCAGAGGAUCUCUGGACAAAGACAGCACAGUACCACAGGGUACAUAUACAGUAGAGAGCAGUGGGACCCCGAGAUCAUUGAGAGUCGCCGGAAACGGAAGAAGGACUCGGCCAAAGACGGAAAAGUUGAAGAGGAGGAGGAGGAGGAAGAACAAGAAGAAGAAGAGGCAUAUAUGGCUGAAAUGCAGAUGGUAACUGAACUUCUUCAGUACCUGGUCCAGCGCCCUGAGGAUUAUUUGGAGAACAUUGAAAAUGCUGUGAAGCUUUACAAGGACAUACUUCUUCACUCUUUAGAGGAGGUAAUGGCUGAACAUGAUCCCCAGUAUCUCAUCGAGCUGGAUGGGAAUAAGUCCCCAGAGGAGCUCUUCUUGACAGUUAUAGAACGCCUGAAAUACUUGAAUCUAAGAAGAGCUGCCAUUGUCACCAAGCUGCAGAGUACAGAAGAAGAAAUGAAUGACAUAAUAGACACCGAAGAACUGUUCCGUACACUCGGGUCUUAUAAACUCAUUGCACCGCGGUACAGAUGGCACCGAAGCAGGUGGGCGCGUUCUUGUCCCAUAUCCUUAAAGGAGGGGAACAUUUAUUCGGGGUCAGCGGAUUUUGCUGUGAGUUUUCUAGGUAAAAUAUAUUGCCUUUCUUCCGAAGAAACAUUAAAAUUAUUUUCACUGAACCCCCGUCCCUGCCUUCUACCACCUAUGCCAAUUCCACCAUGUAAAAUCUUCAUAUUUGGGCCCAGGAGCUCAGGGAGAACGACGCUGGGCAGCCUGAUUGCAGAAUACUUCAAAGGAAAGGUGGUUGACUAUGCUAAACUUAUUCAGCCACGUUUUAAUGACGCCCGCGAAAAACUAAUUAGAGACACCAUAAUUGAGGCCACCAACACGGCUAUCAAAACUGUGAAAGAGAAGUUACUGAUGGAACUGAAAGCUAAGAAGCAAGAGGAGAAGGCCUUAAGGGAAUUGCAAACGCAGUAUGCAAAAAAGGAGUAUGAAGACUUCAUGGACUAUAAACUGUUUAAAAGCACUGAUGACUUACAGUCUUUGGGGGAUGACGAAGUCUCUCAAGGCACCCAGAAAUUUAGCAGCUUAGAGAUUGCCGACGAAGACAAAACUAGGUCGGAGAACACCAUUGAUGUGGACACCAGUGAAGGUGUCUCCACAGAAGAGUCCAUAGGAGAGGUGAAUGAAAACCACCCCGAGGUACUUCUCAUGAUAGAGGACACACUGAGACAUGCCAAGGAGUUGAACUUUGAGCAGCCGUAUGAGAAACAUGCUGAGCUUCUAGACGAAGUCAUCAAAGAGAUAACAGAAGAUAACAAGAACAGGUUUCCUGGUGCCCCAAAACAAGGAGGAUGGAUUGUGGACAAUUGCCCUCUUAUAAGAGAUCUGUGGAUGGCCUUCAUUGAAAAAGGAGUUGUGCCUGAUUUGGUUAUCUCUUUAACAGAUGGAGAAAACAAUGGAAAAUGUUUUUUAAAUAAGAUGUAUUUAGAGAAAAAGACUGAAAUCGAUACUAAGAUUUUAGAAAGAUUGCUAGAUGAACUUCAAACCAAAAAAAAGGAAGAGGCGGAAAUACGCAAAGCCAAAGAAGAAGAAGUGAGACUAGAAGAGGAAAAGCGGAGGAUGGCAGAAGCUGUGGCUAAGAAAGCAAAAGAUGCUGAAGUGCCUGAUAAUGAGGCUGAGGAGGAGGUUGAUGUUGAGGAUUUUGAAGGCCAUGAAGAGUCUGAGGCAUCUGAGAUACCUGAGUACUCCAGAGGGUCCUUGUUACCUGAGGGGUCUGAAGCAUCUGAGGUCCCAGAAGCAGAGCACGAACCAGAAGCAGUCCCUGAACCUUCUGAGGACAUUUCGGUUGAAGCAGAAAUCCAAAAGGGAUCCAAAGAGGUUCUGGAACCUGAAGAAGUAACCGAAACAGUUGUGCUGCCGGAGUUCCCACCAGAUGCUUACCCCAAUGUUCCUGAGAUGGAGCCAAUAAAAGAAGAGCUGAAUAAUUACCUUGUAAUGUGGAAAAAUCUGGAGCAGAUGAUUGGUGACAAUUUUAUUCAAAUAUUAACACUGGAUAUUUCCAACAAAACACCAAAGGAAUUGCUUCAAAAAGUAGUUGAGACAAUGCAAAAACCCUUUCAGUAUGCUGCAUGGGAACUAAAUGCUGAAGACUACGAUGAAGAAGCAGAAGACUAUCAGGCCGAGGCAGAAGUGGACGAGGAUCAGGAGGAAGAGGAGGAGGAGGAAGAGGAGGGUGAAGAAAAGCUGAAAGAAAAAAGAAGGCACCUGGGAGACACAAAGCACUUCUGCCCAGUGGUUCUCAAAGAAAACUUCAUUCUCCAGCCAGGCAACACGGAGGAGGCUGUGAAGUACCGAGAAAAGGUAUACUACUUUUCCACUGCCGAGGCCAAGGAGAAGUUCUUGGAGCAUCCCGAGGAGUAUGUGGCCCAGGACGAACCACUAAAGGCUCCUCCAAUCAGGAUAUGUCUUCUGGGUCCCCGUGGCUCUGGCAAAACGAUAUGCGGAAGAAAGCUGGCGGAAAACUUUGGUAUAUUUCACAUUCAAUUUGAUGAAUUUCUCCAAGAAAAAAUGCUGCUCAAGGCUGAAAGGAAAUACGGACCUGAGUUUGAGGAAGAUUCCGAGGAGGAGCAAGCAAUAAAGCAAGAGCUUGAGGAGCUUGCCAUUCAGGCGAACAUGAAGGUGGAAGAAGAAAGCACCAAGAAGCAGCUUCCAGAUGUGCAAUUCACAGAAGAGGAAGACGCAAUCAAGCUGAGUCUAACGGAGAACGAGCCCCUGCCUUCAGAAAUUCUAGACUCCAUACUUUCUGAGUGGUGGCUUAAAGAACCAAUACGCUCUACUGGCUUCAUACUGGACGGUUUCCCGAGGUACCCAGAGGAGGCCCAGUUUCUAGGAGAGCGGGGCUUUUUCCCAGAUGCUGCUGUUGUAAUACAAGUAGAUGAUCAAGAUGUCUUUGAUCGCCUCCUUCCUACACAAGUUCAGAAGUGGAAAUUGAAACAGUGCAAGAAAUUAGAAAGAAAAAAGCUCAUCAAAUACUUGAAGACAAAAAUCAAGGAGGAUAUGAUUGCUAAAAGAAGAGCUGAACUUAUUUCUGAGAGAGACAGAAAACGGAGAGAGGAAGGUAUUUUCCGAGAUGAUGAUGACUUUAGUGACGAAGAUCCUGAUGACGAGGAGGAUAUUGAAAACAUCCUCGAAGAGGAAUUUCCAAAGGAUGAGGAAGAGAUGAGUGAGGAAGAUGAGGAGCAGGAAGGAGAAGCAACUGAGCGCCUGAGAAGCGAACUGGGAGAAAAAUUUGAAACAGAUAUGAAUAACCUACAAAUAAUACAGGAAGAAUUCGAGAAGUUUCUGAUACCAAUAAUUACAGUUAACGGAGCUAGGAAAAUUCACAUUGUGCAAUAUGUAUUGAAUUUGAAAUUGAAACCACUAGUGGAAAAUCGGGCAAGCAUUUUUGAAAAAUGUUAUCCAGUGACGACACACCUUGCUCAUAAAAUGCUGGCCUUCACCUACAAAUACAUGAGCUCAUUUGGCUACUGGGACCCUGUAAAGCUAAGCGAAGGAGAGACGAUCAAGCCUGUGGAGAAUGCAGAGAACUCUCUUAGCGCUGUAAUCCACCGUCAGUAUGUUUAUUUUCUAUCUAGUAAACAAAAUAAAGAAAAAUUUAUGAUGAACCCAAUCAAAUACAUCCGGCAACCCAAACCCAAAGCUACUAUGCCUGUGAGGGUUAUGAUCGUGGGGCCUCCCAAGUCGGGGAAAACUACAGUUGCCAAUAAGCUUGCAAGUGAAUACGGCUUAAAGCGUUUGUCCAUAGGAGACGCAUUGCGUAACAUGUUAAGCAAUCACCCAGAUACGGAGCUGUCACUCAUGAUAAACUGGCACCUUUACAAAGGAAUGACAGUGCCUGACACUCUUGCUGUUCAGGCUUUGGAUAUUUCCCUCAUGGAAAGUGUGUGCAAUACCAUAGGUGUGGUCAUUGAUGGCUACCCUGCGACCACAAACCAGAAGAAUCUCUUGGAGGAGAGGUCGAUCAUUCCCAUGAUCAUCUUUGAGUUGGAUGUGCCAUCCAAGGAGAUUUUCAAAAGGUUGCUCUUAGAAAAGAAUAUGGAGCAAAGUACGCCUUAUCCACUGCACAACAGUACACAGAUUAUAGCCUAUAAGAAUGCCAAGUACCGUAAAAAUGUCACUGAGAUCAGGCAAUUUUAUCAAGAACAGCAUCAAAACUGGCACGUGAUUGAUGGAUUUCACAGUAAGUGGUGGGUAUGGAAUGAAGUCAUUAAAGACAUCCAACAGAUGAAUAAGUACAUACAGACAUACAUGGAAAGAAUAAAGGAAGGGAAGGCUGCUUGCAUUGACAAAUUAUGUAUCACACCGCAAGAGCUGAUUUCUCGCCUGGGAGAGUUUGGACAGUUCUGCCCUGUCAGCCUAGCAGAAUCUUACGAACUGAUUGAUUGUUCUGUAACUAAAAGCUUGGAAUUUGCCGCAGAGUUCAGGGGACACUAUUAUAAAAUGAGUUCUCAGGAAACCCUAAAUAAUAAGAAUUUCAUUUUCUUUACUGCGGGGUGCUUAUUUCUUCCUGCUUAUAGCAUAAUAAUCACAGAAUUUUUAAAGCAGCAGUCAUGCCAGAAAUUUCUGAUGAACCCAGAAUUGUAUGUGCCUCCCUUGGCCCCUUAUCCACUCCCACCUGAUGCCAUGCUCCCCAAAAGACUGACCCUGUCAGAGCUGAGGAGUCGAUUUCCUAAGUGUGCUGAGCUCCAAGGCUACUGCCCAGUGACUUACCAGGAUGGAAAACAAAAAUAUGAAGCCCUGGUGCCUGGUAACCUUCAAUAUGCUGUGGAGUAUCGUGGUCGUAUAUAUAUUUGUGAGAGUGAAGAAAAACUCCAGAAAUUUUUGAGGUUGCCGAUGCAAUACUGGGACCAGAAGCUUCCGUACAAACUUCCCCCACUAAAGGAAUCCAUCCACCUUACCAGUCUCCCUUUGCCUGGGUAUCUGGAACAGGGCACAGCGACUUCUCUAAUCAAGGCCUUGAAUGCAGCAGGGUGCCUGAAGCCCAAGUUCCCCUUCUUAAGUGUGAGGCGAUCUGUGCUCCUCUAUGUGGCCUUCCAUCUCAAAGCAUUUAAUCCCAAAGGUUCUGAAUAUUCAAAAGCAAAAUAUAAGAAGAAGAUGGAGAAGUUUGUGGAGAGAUGUGAACUCAUAACAUACCUCAGUUCCAAGAUGACCCGGAAAUACAAGGAGCCUCAGUUUAGAGCCAUCGACUUCGAUCAUAAACUACAGACCUUUUUCUCCCUGAGAAACAUAGACCCAGUUACUGGAUAACUUGCUUAGGUUACCAAACCCCAAUUCCAAAAGUCUUCUCCAAGGGAUAGAGUCUUGGAGCAGACUUCAAAUACUGCGUUUCCUGAAUUUUACUUCCUCUUGCCUGACGUUAUAUGGUUACCAGGCCUCAGACAGACUCAAAGCUUAUCAGCUAGGAAGGCUCACCCUCUGAAUACCUAAGUGCUAAUACAGUUUUCAAGUUUAAUGCCUUUUUCUGAAUUUUGAUGCUUACAAAAUAGACAUUCCGUUUGAGAUAUUAAAAUGCUUACUAAUUA